AUGAGCUGGAUCAGCGUACCCCGCAACGCACCCUGGCAACCACAAGGAAGCCACUGGGGGCUGGGGUACGCGAGCGUAGGCAGUCUCAAGCGCAUGUACUGGAGCGAGCCUACUAUCUCAGCCAGUGACAGAACGGUCACGACGACGUACCAAGCAGAGAGCUUGAAGUUGACCGUCACGCGGGAAGUGAAGGACUUUGCAUCCUUCGAGGAAUGCUACGCGUUCACGAACACAGGUGACGCUCCCCUCAAGCUUAACGGCGGCGGCACCAAUUCACUCGCUAUUUACGCCCCGUUCAACGACCAUUACACCAAUACCACGGACGUCCUGGAGCAUCGUGCGCAUGCUCAUAUCUGGGCCUCCGGGGGCAGCUCCUCAUGGGUAAAGAUGACGAGGAUGGGGCUGCGCGGACCCCAUUUGGGACUCGUCUUGACAGAGGGGAAGCUGGCUGGGUAUAGUGUUGAGUCAAGGGAUACGGUGACUUCGUCGAAUACGAGGGGGGUGUUUCUCUUGCAUCCGGAUCUGCCGGAGCUGGGGCCUCAGGAGACGAGUAAAGUGUGCUGGUCUAUGUUCUGGCAUCACGAUUGGGAGGACUUCUUCAGGCGGGGGAGUGAGCGGUCAAAGCAGCUUGUGCAUGUGGAGGUUUCGCCGCUGACGGCAUUCCUCGGCGAGGAUGUCAAUGUAACCAUAUCGCAGGGCUCAUGGAAUGAAGCCUCGCUUGACGGCGUCCGGUUGAGCCCUGCAGGAAAUGGCAGCAUUUACAAAACUUCUAUCCCUGCGAGCAAGCUUGGAGAACGCAAGCUCACUCUCACAACUGGGGAUGGGACAGAUCAGCAUAACUCAACCAUCGUCCUGAAUACUGUGUCGAGUCUGGAGAAGAUCAUCCAGAAACGUACCAAGUUUAUCGCCAACAACCAACACCUCAGCACCUCAUUCCCUGACCCCCACAAGGCCGGGGCAUUCGUCGUCUACGACAACCAGAUGAACGCCCCAGUGACCUUCGACACGGCAUCUGACCGAAACACCGCGCGUGAGAGAAUCGGCAUGGGCGUGCUCUUUGCCCGCUGGGUGCAGCGAACCAACGACACGCAGCUCCUUGGCUCCCUGCGCAUCUACUACAACUACGUUAUUAACCACCUCCAAGACUCGUCAGGAUACGUCUACAACCGACCCAUUGGCUCCGCCACCGAGUCGAAGCGCCUCUACAACUGGCCCUGGGUGAUGCAACUGCACCUGAACAUGGCCAAGAUCGACAACUCCCCGAUCACCAGCCAGAACAACUACACUGCGACGCCUCGCCAGCGGCUCCUCGACACAAUCGAGAGCUUCUACUCCGAAGGCGGCGUCGAUCUGUACGCCAUCAACCUGCCCAUCUACGAAGGACUCACCUACCUGCGCUCAGCCGCCGACAACAAGACUUACAACCGCGUCCACCACCUCUUCACCACCCAUGGGGCUAACAUCGCUCGCCUCGGACCAAACUAUCCCGCCUUCGAAGUAAACUACGAACAAUCGAUCAUCGCCCCAGCAGCAACCAUCCUCCUCGAGCUACACCGCAUCACCAAUAACACUGCGUGGCUGGACGCUGCGAAACCGCACUUCGAACGACUCGUAGCGUUCGGCGGCCGCCAGCCCGACCACCAUCUCUACGACGUCGCGAUCCGACACUGGGAUGGAUACUGGUUCGGGAAGGACAGGAUGUGGGGCGAUACGUUCCCGCACUACUGGAGCACGUUGACGGCGAUCGCGAUGCAUCAUUACGCCAAGGCAAUGGGGGAGACGAGCUAUGAGAGGCGCGCGGAGGGCAUCUUUAGGUCGAAUCUGGUGCUGUUCACGGAUGAGGGCAGGGGGCAUUGUGCGUUUGUAUAUCCGACGAGUGUGAAUGGGAGGAAGGGGCAUUAUAAUGAUCCGUACGCGAAUGAUCAGGAUUGGGCGUUGGCGAAUUGGUUGCAGGUGUUGGAGGGUUAG